AUGGCGAUGCCGAGCUCUCCCUCUAUGGCGGUGCCAGCAGCGGGGCCCUACGGGGUGAACCCGACUCUCCGGCCUCCGCCGCAGGUGGUUGAACAAAUGCUGGAUGAGCUCGAGGAGAAGGCUCGCCACUACUUUGUUCUGUACACCCGCGAGAAGAAGGCCCGAGAAAAGACCGAGCGUUACAGUUUCUGGCUCCAGAAAGAGCUCGCCGAGCAUAAAGAGAAACUUCUGAAGAGCGCAGACUACAUCGAAUCGCUUCAAAACAAAUUUGACGAGCUCCGCGGAGACCCCGAAAUGAUUCGAGAUACUCUCCAGCGGAUCGACCUCAUGUAUGCCCAAGUCGAUACUCUCGUCCAGGCUCUCGCAGGUGUAUGCGGCUUCGCAGCCGUUAAAGACUCGACACGCGAGCAACUCCUUCAGUGCGCUCUCGACUAUCUCUACCCGUGCCGGGCUCUGGACCCUCGUCUCCACGAGCUCUACGGCGUUCUGUACUACUACCGUCUAGGCGAGAGCAAGAAAACCCCCGGCGUGCCGCCGCCGCCUCCUGAGCCGAGCUACGUGCCGCUCUCUGAGGGCGCGGGAGGCCCGUGGAUUAAACCGAGUCCGUACACGCUCUUUUUGAAUCCAGCGGCUGGUCAGACGACGCUGCAGAAGAACCUCGCCGAGACACAGAAGAUCGUCGACGCCGAGGCAGCUGAAAAAGCAGCAGCCGAAGAAAAGAAAGAAGCUACUCCGGCGAAACGCAUCAUCGGCUCCACGACCAAAAGAGGAGAAACUUCGGCGAAAGCCAAGACUGAGCCUGCCAAACCCGCCGUGAAGAAGCCGGCGUCCACCGGGGCGUCUCCGGCUUCAGGACCCCCGAAGCGAGAGCCUGUGGACCCGAAGGCUACCCUCAAAGGCUUCACUCUGUUUGUGCGGAGAUUGGAAGGCUUCAAGCGUCCGCCUUCCUCCAAAGUUGAGAGUCUCCGCAUCGCCGUUCGAACGGACGACGAAUCCGCGACGGAGUCGAAGAAGAAGGAAGGUCGUUUCAUGCUCAUCGACAAGGCAAGUGCAUGUGGUUUCCUCUCCAUUUGUCCCCGUUCUUUUCGCAUGCAUGUUUUUGCGUUUGCGAAUCUUGCGUGUGUGUUUGUGGGGAUAUGGCAUCUGCGUAGGUUCGCAACGUGCGGCGGAUCUCCUGGAAACGAAGAAGCGACGUUCAACCUUCUCGUCGAAUUCCCCACCAUUCCACCGAAGAAGCCAGGCGGAAAUCCCAAGUUUGUGAUUGACGUAUAUGACAACAAAGCAUUUGCGGCUCUCGGGCGCGCAGACAAACCGUUCAGCGACAAGGACUUGGCAACAGAGGAUGCCGUCUGGGAAGUUAAAGAUAGCAGUGGAAAGGCAUUUGGAAAACUCAUUUGCACGGUGACGCCAUUGCCCUUGAAUGCACCGUUGCCAUGUGAAGCUGGAGGCGCCGCGAAGGAUGCCGGAGGCGCGGCCCCAGCGAACAAGAGCGGCGGCGAGGAGAAGGCGAAGGAGGAGGCGAAGCAGGCGACGCCGGCAGGAGCGAUUAAGAAACCAGAGCUGGCCAAGUUGGCGGUGAAGAAGCCGGAUUUGCCGAAACCUGGCGGAGCGAGUCUGGGAAGCCCCGGCGGGGCGAAGCCAGCAGAAGCGAAAUCGGCCCCGGGUCCGCCGUCGCCUCCGAUCAAAAAGUUGGAUCUGUCGGUUCCUGGGAAGGUAGAAGUGAAGAAGGAAGAAGCGACGGAGGCGAAGCCGGGCAGUGACGGGGCGAAGAAGCCGAUGGAAAUCAAGAAACCCGCUCUGGCGCCGAAACCUGGAGGCGCAGAGGCGGCGAAGAAAGACGCAGUGGGGACAAAGUCCCCCGAGGCGGCGGGCGCCAAGACGCUCGGAAGCCCCACAGGGCCAGGGGCAGCGGUGAAGAAACCAGAUUUGCCGAAGCCAGGAGGCGCGAUCAAGAAGCCGGAAUUAGGGGCGAAACCGGGCCUUCCUCCAGCAGGAAAGGGUGACACAAGUCCCCCCGCUGUUAAGCCGAGCGCACCCGCGCCGCCGCAGCCGGCCAAGCCGGGAGUUGUGACUCCUCCGAAACCGGGAGGAGCUGCAACGAAGCCGGUGCUUACCCCGGCAAAAUCGGGAAUUACUCCAGUUAAGCCUGGAUUGACCCCAGUUAAGCCGGCACUUACCCCGGCAAAGUCGGGAAUUACUCCAGUUAAGCCUGGAUUGACUCCAGUUAAGCCGGUACUUACCCCGGCAAAGUCGGGAAUUACUCCAGUUAAGCCUGGAUUGACUCCAGUUAAGCCGGUACUUACCCCGGCAAAGUCUGGAAUUACUCCAGUUAAGCCUGGAUUGACUCCAGUUAAGCCGGUACUUACCCCGGCAAAGUCGGGAAUUACUCCAGUUAAGCCUGGAUUGACUCCAGUUAAGCCGGUACUUACCCCGGCAAAGUCGGGAAUUACUCCAGUUAAGCCUGGAUUGACUCCAGUUAAGCCUGGAUUGACGCCAGUUAAGCCUGGAUUGACGCCAGUUAAACCUGGCGCGGCAAAGCCGACGGCGGUGAAGCCGCCGGGGCCGAAGCCAGGCGCGCCGGGGGCUGCGAAAGUUGAUGCGAAGGCAGCAAAGCCCGGGCUCGUGAAACCCAAGAUUGCCGCAAAGUAA